AUGGCCCAAUCCGGUCCGGCUGCCCGCGAGGCGGCCUACGAUACGAUCCGACAGGUGGCCGAGUCGAUCCCUGGCGGCGAGAAACUCAUCCCUGCCGUCGACCAGCACGGGCGACCCAACACGCCACCCCAAGACCGCAAGAAGAAGAAGCAGAGCAGCAGCAGCGGCGACGCCGACAGUCAUAGCAGUGGCGCUGCUACGCCCUCUUCGUCGAAGCAGCAGCAGCAGCAGCAGCAGCAGUCGCAACCUAACGGCAAGUACCGACAACAAGACAGCAACGGCAGGGAUGGGGCCGAAGGGGGGAGGUCGUCGAGCCAAAGCCAGAGCCAGAGCCCGAUCGAGUCGUCGGACGACGAGCACAUUUCGCGCAUCGUCAACCGCGAGGAGGGUUCGGAGCACAACGACCGACAGAGGAGCCUGACGGUGGCUUUCAUGAAGUGCGACGAGAUCCACGAGAGCGCAAAGGAGGUGCAUGGCGGGUACGAGGACGUGAUCCACAACCUCUUCGAGCCGAUCCUCAAGGAGCGCACGCAGGCGUCCAAGAUCCAGGACAAGUCGCGCCUGGAGCUGCGCACGCUCGUCUUCGACGCACGCAAACGCGAGUACCCGUCGGAGCGGCAGCUGCGCACGACGAUUGACGCCGUCGUCAUCUCUGGGUCGUUUCAGGACGGCGCGUCCGAGGACACGCGGUGGAUCCUGCGCCUGGCCGGGUUCCUCAUCAAGCUCUACGACGAGUUCCCGCGGAUCCGCAUCAUUGGCAUCUGCUUCGGCCUGCAGAUCAUCGCGCGGGCGUUUGGGCCCAACCGGAUCGUCAUGAACCCAAAGGGCCACGAGAUCGGCUCGACCAAGCUGCACCUGACGGAGCUGGGCAAGCGGAUCCUCCACCCGCCGCACGAGGUGGGCCACGAGGGCCACGAGGGUGGCGCCGGCAGGGAGGCGCGCGACCACAUUAUGCUGCAGCAGGUGCACGGCGACAUUGUCGAGGGCGAGGUGCCGCAGGACUUUGAGCUGCUGGCGUGGAGCGACCAGACGCCCAUUCAGGCCAUUGCGCACCUCUACCCGGCCGACGCCGAGAUCCCCAAGUUCCUGCACACGACGCUGGCCGAGGAGACUGAGGCGGGCCCGCCGUCGCCGUGGAACCGCGUCCACGUGUUUGGCAUCCAGGGCCAUCCGGAGUGGGACGAGUCCAUCAUCCUCCCCAUCAUUGACGCAUACGAGGAGAAGGGCACGCUGACGAGCCAGCAGGCCGACGAGGCGCGGAAGCGGACCAGGCUCGAGCACGACGGCAGGAACGUGGGGAGGGCGCUCCUCGCCGUGCUUGGAUUCGUGUAG